AUGCGUGUUCUCCCGUCACCGCCUCUCGCCAGCCAUCCUCGCCAGCCGUCCUCGCCGGCCGCCCUCGCCGGCCGCCGCUGGUCGCCGUCCUCGCCGGCCGUCCUAGUCGCCGGCUGCAGCCCUUGCCGGCCGGCCUCGUUGCAGGCUUCACCCAUGCAAACAGAUGCAUUCCUGCGGGAUAUGGCUGACAUAUCUAAAAAAGAAUUUGCUGAACUUGUCGUCGAUGGUUCCAACUAUUUGACAUGGGCAAUGGAUGUCAAAAUCAAUUUGACAGCCAAGGGACUCAAUUCCGCUACAGAGUAUCUGAUGGAGGAGAGCCCUCUGACACUCUGGAACUCCUUAAUGGAGAGGUAUGAUCAACAAAGGGCGGUGAUGUUGCCUGAAGCGCAACGGAAAUGGGCGCUAGUCCGAUUCCAAGACUUCAAGUCUGUAGCUGCAUACAAUUCUGCUGUUCAUAAGAUCAACUCCAAGUUGAGAUUCUGCAAUAGUGCAGUUUCUGAUGCUGAUCUUAUUGAAAAGACACUCUCUACUUUCCAUCCUUCUAUGAGGAUACUUGCUGAACAGUAUCGUCGGCAAAAGUAUAAGAAGUAUUCUGAGUUGAUUUACUCGUUGCUUCAGGCAGAGAAGCACAAUGAGCUUCUUGAGCAGAACAAUUUGGCUCGUCCAACCGGAACGAUGCCUCUGCCUGAAUUGCACUUCAACUCUAAGAAUACUCAAAGGUUCAAUGGUUCCAAAAAGAACCAUAGGACAUUCAAUGGAAAGUGGAAGCGUAAUGAGAAGCAGAAUAAGUAUGGAGUCAAAAAGGGCAAAGGUUCUUUCAAGAAGAAUGAAAGGGCUAGCAACACUAGUUGCUUCAGGUGUGGUUGUAAGGAACAUAUUGCAAAGAAGUGUGACACUUCGAAGCAUUUGGUGGAAUUGUACCAACAGUCACUUGGAAAGGGCAAGAAGGCUCAGGGGAACCAGUAUGAAGCACACUUCACUGGCAAUGAAGAUGGCACCCCUACGGUUGAUGGUUCUCGAGAUGAUUCUCCGAACAUGGACAACCAGGAGCAGAAUCAGCAAGUGGAAGAUCCAAUACUAGAUGUCGAUGACAUGCUAGUGGAAUUUGGUUCUACUGACAUAUAUGGAGACCAGAUUUAG